AUGAGUGAACAAAAAAGGCCAAUGUCCGCAGCAGACUACGUCAAGAAUCAACCACAUCUACAAGGCAAACAAAUCACCACCAGCAAUCAAUUCUCUACAUUGGCAGAAUUCCCACAUCUGUCUUAUGCAAAAGUCGUCAACCCAUUACCUCAAAAAACAGCCACCCCUUCCUCUCCACAAAAAACUACAGACCAGAAAUCCUCAUAUGUCCUUAAACAACACCAGCAACACCUCAUUACUACAUCAUUCACCAAACCAAUAUCACUGAAAGACCUUACCCACUUUACCAGUCGUAUAUUUUACGAGGAUAGCCAAUACCUCACCGACAACCUUACAAAAAACCGAACCUUUUUUGAAUUUAUCCUCGUAGAUACCAAGUCAGUUGAAAUAACCCACCAUACAGAUAAAACCAACCCCGAACUUAUAUCCUAUCCCACAUGUAAAAUCCUCAGGAUAUGCAAUCUUCAAGACCUUGGACUCUUUAACUUCCAUACCAGAAAAGACUUUUCUAUUCCCGAGUACCAUAUUUCAGGAUUUACUUACGUAGAUUACCAAAAAGCUUUCCUUCAUACCUUUUACCUACGUACCUAUGACCAUUCUUGGUUUAUCUCUUUUGACUUUCACUGUCCCAAAUUAAUACCCGGAUGGUUCUAUGAAUAG